AUCGCCGCCCGCCAUGGCCCGCGCUGCCCGGCUCCUCGCCGCGCUGGCCGCGCUCCUGGCCGCCGCCGCCACAGGCGGAGACGCCCGGCCCAGCAAAAUCGCCGUGGUUGGAGCCGGAAUCGGGGGCUCCGCCGUAGCCCAUUUCCUCCAGCAACACUUCGGGCCCCGGGUACAGAUCGACGUAUUUGAGAAGGGGACUGUGGGUGGCCGCCUGGCCACCAUCUCUGUCAACAAGCAGCAUUACGAGAGCGGGGCCGCCUCCUUCCACUCCCUGAGCCUGCACAUGCAGGACUUCGUCAAGCAGCUGGGCCUGAGGCACCGGCGAGAGGUGGUGGGCAGGAGCGCCAUCUUCAGCGGGGAGCACUUCGUGCUGGAGGAGACAGACUGGUACCUGCUGAACCUCUUCCGCCUCUGGUGGCACUACGGCAUCAGCUUCCUGCGACUGCAGAUGUGGGUGGAGGAGGUCAUGGAGAAGUUCAUGAGGAUCUACAAGUACCAGGCCCACGGUUACGCUUUCUCCGGCGUGGAGGAGCUGCUGUACUCUCUGGGAGAGUCUGCCUUCGUCAACAUGACCCAGCGCUCCGUGGCCGAGUCCCUGCUCCAAGUGGGCGUCACUCAGCGCUUUAUCGACGAUGUCGUCUCUGCUGUCCUGCGGGCCAGCUAUGGCCAGUCUGCAGCAAUGCCUGCCUUCGCCGGAGCCAUGUCACUAGCUGGGGCCCAGGGCAGCCUGUGGUCUGUGGAGGGAGGCAACAAGCUGGUUUGCUCCGGCCUGCUGAAGCUCACCAAGGCCAACGUGAUCCACGCCACAGUGACCUCUGUGACCCUGCAAAAUACGGAAGGGAAACCCUUGUACUAUGUGGAGUACGAGAACGAGGUGGGCAACGGGUCUGACUUCUAUGACAUAGUGGUCAUCGCCACACCCCUGCACCUGGAUAACAGCAGCAGCUCCAUCACCUUUGAGGGCUUCGACCCACCCAUCGAUGCUGCCCAGGGCUCUUUCCAGCCCACCGUGGUCUCCUUGGUCCAUGGCUACCUCAACUCUUCCUACUUCGGUUUCCCCGACCCUAAGCUCUUCCCCUUCGCCAGCAUCCUCACCACAGACUUCCCCAACUUCUUCUGCGCCCUGGACAACAUCUGUCCGGUCAACAUCUCGGCCAACUUCCGGCGGAAGCAGCCCCAGGAGGCCGCCGUCUGGCGUGUCCAGUCCCCCAAGCCCCUCCUCCGGUCCCAGCUGAAGACCCUCUUCCGCUCCUACUACUCGGUGCAGACUGCCGAGUGGCGGGCCCAUCCUGUGUAUGGCUCCCCCGGCACCCUCCCGCGCUUCGCCCUCCACGACCAGCUCUUCCACCUCAAUGCCCUGGAGUGGGCGGCCAGCUCGGUGGAGGUGAUGGCCGUGGCUGCCAAGAACGUGGCCCUGCUGGCCUACAACCGCUGGUACCAGGACCUGGACAAGAUCGACCAAAAGGACCUGAUACACAAGGUGAAAACCGAGCUGUGAGGGGUCUGGGGAGAGCCGGGGAGCGCCCGACCCCCGCGGAAGACGGCUCACCUCCACAGCAGCCCGGGCUGGGCAGGCUGCGCUGGCCACCAGGCCUCGUGUGGCAAGCCGCUGCCCCUGCCGGCCUGGUCGCUGCAGCCCACUCUGCCUUUCUCUCUUAAGGACUUUCACAGUGUUUGCUUCUUGUUAAGGGGAGACUAAGAGAGGGAAGGAAAUUCAAGCCUGUGUAUU